GGUACUGUCGUUGGUUUCCGUGUGUAUGGAACUGCCCUUGGUUCCUCUUUUCAGCGAACUGUCCUUGGUUUCCUUCUCCGAGGAACUGUAUUUGGUUCCCCUGUCCAAGGGACUGUUCUUGGUUUCUGUUUCCAGGGAACUGUCCCUGGUUGCUACUACGUCGGAACCGCCCUUGGUUUCCGUAUCCAGUUAACUGUCCUUGGACUAGCUAAAAUGCGUAACCUGAUUUCCGUCACUAUUUCGAUUGAGCAGCCGUGUUGCUUCGGCCACGAUAAGCCAACAGAAAGCGGUUAA